GCGCGGGAGGCAGGCGGGAGCGAGGGGAGAGGCUGUCCCUCAGUCCCGAAGCUGCCGGGAACCUGCCUCGGGUCCUGCGGGGCGCCCUGCAGCCGCGCUCUGGCAUUCCCGGCGGAGGGGGCGCCGCCUCCCAUGCGCCGGAGGCCGUGCGGGUGUCAGCCCUCUCGCCUUCCCCGCACGGAGAAGUGCCUCGUCGUGGGGCGACGGGACGGGACGUGCGCCGCGAGGGACGCCGGCACGAAGCGGAGCGGCGCGGUGAGGGAAGGCCCGGCCGCCCCCGGGGCGACAGCGCCCUGAGGAGAGAGCCCCGCGCCAGGGUUGGUGUGUGAUCGGCAUUGUGCUGUACCACAGUGAAGAGGUAUUUUCCACUUCAAGAGACCUGGCAUUAAAAGAUCAUGGUAGACAGGUUAAUAGUUUCUUUGAGACUCCUCAGUUCCCUAGCAGUGCUGGGAUUUCAGUUUGUCAUGCCACAGCCUUCAGUUGAACACAGAAAGGUUCCUCAGAGGAUAGAAGAGCAGAGAGAUGCAUCUGAGGAUAGCAGCGCAGGAAUACCAGGCAUAUGGGGAAGUUGGGGCCCCUGGUCUGCCUGCUCUCGGAGCUGCAGUGGCGGUGUGAUGGAGCAAACGCGGCCCUGCCUCCCAGCCUAUUACCAUGAAAGGGGCUACCGAAGGCCAGGGCGGCAGUACCCAGCCUCAGAGAGAACUCUUGCUCAUCAGAGUUCCCGCCACCGUGAGGACUCACUGACUGCUUAUCCUGGCCAUGUCAUUUCUGCCAUCCGUACAUCUGUGCCACUUCACAGGAAUGAAGACCACCUUUGGGCUGGCCUUCGGGCCUCUGCUUCUUCCGGAGGCCAUAAUAACAGCCAUCUAAGCAGAGGAGCAUUGAGAGGCAGCAGGCAUUCCCAGUCCCAGAGGCAGAACGCCAAGCCAGAAAAGAGAAGCAGAAACAGAAAUCCUAUUGGCCCAGGAAAGUAUGGAUAUGGAAAAGUGCCAUACAUUUUACCUUUACAGACUGAUACUGGUCAGCAGCCUCAGAAACUUCGGAGGCAGCGACAAUCGUCAAGGAGCCAUGUAUUUCAUCAGAAUCCGAGUCUCAUGAACACUUACAGCCAGGCAGCUAGUCCUUCACUUCAACAUGGGAAUCUUUAUCAAGAAGAAAGUGGGCCUCAGGCUGGACAUCAAGUCCUGGGACCCUCAGUUUAUCAGUCAUCUUCAUUUCCCGUAUCUCAAAGCCUGUUUCAGAGCAGUGACUCAAACCAGCAUGGGUCUGCAUCGCACCAGGCAGUCCAGGGUCAGCCCCAGCCUCAAAGGGCUGCAGCAAUUGUGUGCAUUGGCACCUACAAGCAAUAUAAACUCUGCAACACAAAUAUGUGUCCUGAAAGCAGCAGAAAUAUUAGAGAAGUGCAAUGUGCAUCAUACAAUAACAAGCCGUUUAUGGGUCGGUUUUAUGAAUGGGAACCUUUUGCAGAAGUGAAGGGAAGUCAGAAGUGUGAGCUGAAUUGCCGUGCGAUAGGCUACCGAUUCUAUGUGAGACAAGCUGAAAAGGUGAUAGAUGGGACACCCUGUGACCAAAAUGGAACUUCAAUCUGUGUGGCAGGGCAGUGCAAGAGCAUUGGCUGUGACGACUAUCUGGGGUCAGACAAGGUGAUUGACAAGUGUGGAAUAUGUGGAGGGGACAACACCGCUUGCAAGGUUGUGUCUGGAGUUUUCAAACACACGCUAACAAAUCUUGGCUACCACAAGAUAGUGGAAAUUCCUGAAGGAGCUACUAAAAUCAACAUUACUGAGAUGUCAAAGAGCAACAACUAUUUGGCAUUGCGGAGUCGAUCAGGACGGUCUAUCAUCAAUGGAAACUGGGCAAUUGAUCGACCUGGGAGAUACGAAGGUGGUGGGACAAUGUUCACUUAUAAACGCCCAAAUGAAAUCUCCAGCACUGCGGGAGAGUCCUUUUUAGCUGAUGGUCCAACAAAUGAAGUCCUUGAUGUCUAUAUGAUACAUCAGCAGCCUAACCCUGGUAUACAUUAUGAGUAUAUCAUUCCAGGAGACAAUGUCAUUAGUCCUCAGUUGCUUACUCACAGGAGGCCAGGGGAGCCCUUGAAUGGUCAAUUAGGAAUGCCAGAAAGUACAAAUCAUGAGGAUGAGGAUUUGCAUAGGGAGACAGACACUCUCACUGGACAGUCAGCUGGAACUUUUCCAGUUAUUCAGCCGGGAAGAUUUCCUUCUCAUCAGCCAGAAAACCAGGUGUCUGCUGUGCAACCACCAAGACAAAACCGAGAACACAACUGGAAACAGAUUGGAAAAACCGAGUGCACUACUACAUGUGGGAAAGGAUCACAGUACCCAGUUUUCCACUGCGUCAACAGAAUCACUCACGAGGAGGUAUCUGAGAGUUACUGUGACAGCAGCACCAAACCAAUUCCAGAAGAGGAGGCCUGCAACCUCUUCCCGUGUCCAGCUUUCUGGGAUAUAGGGGAGUGGUCUGAGUGCAGCAAAACAUGCGGCCUUGGUAUGCAGCAUCGACAAAUCUUAUGCCGGCAAAUGUAUGCCAAUCGUACCUUGACAGUUCAGCAAUACCGCUGUCAUCACCUGGAGAAACCAGAGACAACCAGCACUUGCCAGCUGAAGAUCUGCAGUGAAUGGCAGAUUAGGACAGAGUGGACUUCAUGUUCAGUGCCUUGUGGAGUGGGGCAGAGGACCCGAGAUGUGAAAUGUGUCAGCAACCUUGGAGACAUUGUUGAUGAUGAGGAAUGUAACAUGAAGCUGCGGCCAAAUGAUAUUGAGAACUGCGACAUGGGUCCCUGUGCUAAGAGCUGGUUCCUUACAGAGUGGAGUGACAGGUGUUCUGCAGAAUGUGGUGACGGAGUCCGUACACGUUCAGUGGUCUGUAUGACAAACCAGGUCAGCAGUUUGCCUCUGGAAGGCUGUGGCAAUAACAGACCCUCUGAAACAACUCCCUGUAAUAAUGGACCCUGUGCUGGUAAAGUGGAGUGGUUUGCUGGGGGCUGGACACAGUGCUCUACUGAAUGUGGCAGUGGAACUCAACAGAGAGAAGUCAUUUGUGUUAGGAAAACUGAAGGUAAUUUUGACGUUUUGAACCCCUAUGAAUGUUUAUAUUUGGAAAAACCUCCCAGCCAGCAAUCCUGCUACCUCAAACCCUGUGGAUCUAAGUGGUUUCAUACAGAAUGGAGCACAUGUUCCAAAUCCUGUGAAGGAGGAUUUCGGGUUCGAGAGGUACGAUGUCUAUCAGAUGACAUGACAGCCAGCACUCAGUGUGAUCCACAGCUCAAACCUGAAGAAAAAGAACCAUGUAACACACAAGAUUGUAUCCCUGAAAUAGAUGAGAACUGCAAAGAUAAAUACUACAAUUGCAAUGUGGUGGUUCAGGCCCGGCUCUGUGUCUACACCUAUUACAAAACAGCCUGUUGUGCAUCCUGUACACGUGUGGCAAACAGACAAUCAGGGUUUCUAGGACGCAGAUAACAAAUACUCUUCUACUCAAAGUGACAAUGUCAGUCUUCGAUGGAGCUUGAACAGUGUUAUUGUUUUGACUACAGCAGGUUUUAGCUUCUUAGAGAUGGGUUUUUUAUAUUGUUGAGUACAUCAAGACUAUGGUUAAAUCUCACACCCUUUCAGUUAUUGUGCAGUUAUCUUUUUUAAAAUGUUUGUUGUAAAACCAUGAUCUUUUUAAAGCAUUAAUUUUUAAUGAUACUAUUCUUUGCGCCUGCUCAGCAGAUAAUUAUUUAAAGAACAUACGAGCCUUAGUAUUGUGAAAUCAAUGAAAACUAAGCCAAUCACAGGCAAUUACUGGAGAUAUUUGACCAGUAUGGAUGCAGCUGCUGCAUUAUUUUCUGAGUGCUUACUCUUACUUGGUAUUUUGGACUGCCUUAAAUUAGACGACUAAAUCAAUGAAACGUGCAUGUGAGAAAAAUUACUUCACAAAGAACCAGACCCUUGAAGACCCAUUUAUCAUCAGUUUCUUAGCACUCUAACAUAUAUUUUUAAUUAUUUCAGUCCAUUUAUAAUAAAUUAAAGUCACUGUUAAGCUCUCUCAGUUGUACUUUUAACUAACUUCCUGUCCUCAGGCAGCAAAUACAUAUACACUUGACUGCCAAAAAGUGCCUUUAUAUUUAAUUCAUAAACUCUUAAAGUUACACUUUUCUAAUUUUGUAUGGAUUUUAAAAUACAUUACCUACCACAGUGCCACUAGUGUCUAGCCCUUUAACAACUGCAGCUGUCAGUAAGACAGAUUUACCAGAGAGGUGAAGAGCCUUUGCUGGUAUAAAAAAAGUGAUUGUUUCCAUUGGCAAGGUCUCUUUCCUGGAGGGCAGUUAUAUCAGUGAACUGAUACCUUGCAUAAUGUCUUGUCUCUGCACUAUUGCUUAACAACUACCAUACCAAAGGACUUUGUCCAGACCUAGUCUGGAUAUGUCACCAGUUUCUGAAGCAACCACCAAAGGAGGCAGGCCUCUGUGCUUCAUAGUAGUCUGUUACUCUUGAAAUCAGGCAGCAGUAUGAGUGUAGUAGCUGAGUAUCUGUAACAGGAGGUCUUGGCUAUUGACAUUCUUCAGGUUUUGAUCAGUUAUUACAACAUACUUGUCUUUAGUCAUUGUUUCAUCCAGCAGAUCUAUUCAUGUCACUCCUUUUUUACAACUCAAGAAUGGCUCCAGACUUAGAGCUGAAUUUAGGUGGUGAUUUUUCAUUUCUGCAAGUACUGUACUCAGCCUUGGGACUUGCUAAAAGCAAAUCGAAUGUGCUGAUGAAAGCUUUUGCCUCAUCUGCAUAUUCUCUAGCAUUUACCUGAGAGGUCUUUCAAAUGUGUAAAUAAGGCUGAGGGAAAAAAUAAACACCUCUGCUUAUUCAGCUGUUUAUUACAACAUAUUGCUUGUAAAUUAGUGAUACCCAACUGUGCAUCUAUUUGUAAGGUGCCUGUUGUCUGAGUUGAAAAACAGUUUUAAUAAUGUGUGUUAAGUCACUCCCAGUGAUGUGAUAUAACAGUGAUUAAGGUGUCCUGCUACUGAUGAGCCUCAUUGUUGUUCUUACUGCUUUGGUGGAGAGGAUGUAGAAGAGAGCUUGGGCAUGGGGAGGCAAAGGUUGCUGGGUGUGGUACUGGUCACAUCAGUUUGUGUGCUGGAAACCACAGGACUGUGGAACUCCUGUAGUUCAAAAGCUGCUUUGGAUUGAGACAAACCUUAGAUUUUUUGAUUUGAUCACUCAUGAAAAAUGUGUUUUGGCCGUGAUGAACUACUACUGUUUGCCUAAGUGAAAUGAAGAAGUGUUUCCCCUAAACUUCGAAGUUACUCUUCGUGACUAUAAACCAAGGUGUUUCUGUACACCUUGAUUUGGGCUUUUUCACUGUAAUGAAUUGAUAACAAAACUUUUAGAAACAGAAGUGUUAAUUGUUAAAAUGAAAACCUUUCAUUUGAAUUCAUUAAUCUUUCACAGUCCUAUUCCCUUGUAUUAUGAAGAUUUAUCCAGGAAGAGAACGUACAGAUCUGUGAUCAUAUUCCUUAGAUUCUUGACCAAAGAAUGAUAUGGGGAAAGUGCAGCAUAACCAACUCUGGAAUCCAGUAUUUGUAAAUACAGAUUUUCUUCUGGAUAUCUCAUUGCAGCAUAUUUGGACAUAGAGUAUGUAAUUUUUGCUGUUGUCUCUUUUGUCCCAAGGAAGUGUAUCCUGUCAGCUUGAGGGAAAUACCUGUUCCAUAAAAAGACUUUCUGAAACCACAAGACGAAUGAAAUACAGAGAGGUAAUCAGGUUUGCAAUCAGUUCAUAGAAAAUAAUCUGCUUGCACACGCUUUUGGCUCUGAGCGAGUCAGCACAUAGACAGGCGAUCCUGGUCUUUUAUAAAAUAUGCUAUUUUGCUCUGGAAUAUGUGGCCAUUGGGUUACUUUGUAAAGAUUAUCAUCUUUUAGGCUCCAUUAAGCUUAAAGUAAACAGAGUUCAUGGGAGCUACAUAUCGAAGAAUAUAUACAUACACAUAGCAAUAUAACCUUGUAUUAUGCCUAAUGUGUACACCUUUGUGAAUUGGAUACAGUAAAUUAUGAUUAUACAAGCUGUACUUUUUUUAGUAAAGGGAGAGUUUUCAAGUGUACCAGAUAAACCAAAAACGUUUCACCUAAUUAAACAUCUAAUGAUAAGGAAACUGCCAGAAUGUUGCUGAACUUAAUCAUUUAUCAUGUCUUCUCAUGUGUUAGCAUAAUCACAGUAGUUGUUCCUGCAAAAUGAACUAAUGAACCCUUCUUUUCAGCACUUUGAGGUACUAGUAUUAUCUACAGAAUGUAAAUGCUACAGAUUUCACCAUCACACAAAGUGCACUUUUGAAAUUGUGACUAUAGGAAGCGUUUGUUUGAACAGAACAGUGCACCAAUUUAGGAUGAUGCCUGCAGAGGGCCUGAUUUUACUUUCACCGUAAAUCAGAGGUGGCCUUAAUGAAUGCAGUAAAAUUGGAUCAGGUGUAAAACCAAUGUAAGUAAGAAAUGAUGCAGGCUUCUGAGUUUGAAUGCUUUUAUUUCUUUUUCUGAUAUUUUAACAUCAGUCAAAAUCCUGCAGAAUGGUGGAAAAGAAUGCUUCCUCAUCUUAAAGAUUGUCACCUUACACAAUCCAGUAAGACCAGAGUAAGUGUAGGAUGACUGCUGUAGACGGUUGAUUUAAAGAGUCUAAGCAGUCUAACUGCUUAUAGGGGUAAAAUCAGCAUACAGCUUUCAUGUCUUGCAGACAGGCAGCUGGCCAAAAUUGGCUCCAUCUAGAGCAGGCUCUGUGUCUCAAAGCACUUUCCUUCUGGAAUUGAGGACUGCUGGUGCAGUUGUUUAUCAAGUUAUCAAGGGUCCAUCAGGGUUUGCUAGCUCCUGCACAGUGUCAGAUCCAAGCAUAUGUAGGCAGAAUUGCUUGUCUGUAGCAAUCGCAUGCCAAAUUUGAGAGCACUCAUUAGCAGCACUGAAUUCAUGGAGUUCUUCCUUCCUCUUGCUAGCUGAGAAGCCAAAGAAGAUGGUGUGGAAGCAUGAGGGUUGCUCCGGUGGGGAUGACCUUGUGUCUGACUGGGCAGCAAUGAGACAGAAUUAGUGUUUGCUUUAGUGUCACUGACCUUCCGUCCCCAGGGCUCUGAAUUAGGGAAGGGCUUGUUAGCAGGCAGUCGAGUGCUGGGGAGUGCAGGGCAGGAGACAUGGGUGUUCUUGCAAGCCUGCUUGCCUUGCAGUCCAGCUGUAGCGCAUGCCCACUGACUUGAUGCAGGACUACCUCAGUAUCCCUGCACUGGGAACUAGUGUCUUCCUCAUUACACCCCGGUUUUAAUGUUGUUGGUUAGAUCCCGCUUUUAUGACAGUACAGUGCAGUUCAGAGUUUAGAGCUUUUACACAGAAAAAACCCAAUGUGUUGCAGAGCAUGUUAAGUUAAUGACAUGUUAAUGCAAACACAUAUUUUAGGUUACUUGUUCAUAGACUUGAUAAAAGUGGUCAUGACUCAAGUGAGUACGUGAAACUCAUAGAACAGAAGACCAUAUGGGGCAGCAGUAUUGCCAGGACCUUGCUACUUACCUUGCUUAUGUCCACAUCCUAGAAGGUGCCAGUGGUCACCACUGAGUGAGGAGGGAGGUAAGUGCUGGAAACAGCUUGUGGGUAGUAAAGGGGAGGUUAUGCCUUCCGAAGUAAAAACUUUGCUUCCACUCUUUAUUAUCUAUACUAACAUAAGUAGUAAAAUGUGCUUUGAAGGGCUUUGCUUUUCUUCAUCCUCAUCCUGACCUGUCUCCCUUUCACACCCACAAAUGUUCUCCUCUUCCUCUUAUGUCACCUCCACCCCUUGACAAUAUUCAAUUUUGCCAGAAUUACUGAAAAUCCUGAAUUGGCCAUUUGGUUCAUAAGAAUCUGUGUUAGAAAUAAGCCCAGCUAUUGAGCGAGAUAUGUUCCUGCCAGUCCAGUGAUUUUAUUCUUUUUUUGUGUGUGUGUAUCUGUCCAUGUUGGCUAGUUUUAAAUGCAUAGUAUUAAAGUAGCUACUUAAUUCCUGCGCAACAAACCUGUGAUUGCACAGCUAUUAAAGUAUGUAGUGGCCCUUCAUUCUCACAUCUCACACCUGUUGCAUUAAAAAAAGAGAAUUAUGCUGUUCACACUCAGAAAGGAAAAACUGUGUGUCUACCUGAUUUUCUUGAGACUUACACUUAGUGUCUCUGACUUCUUUAAGAACUGUUCUGUGUAUUGGGCAGGUAAUUUAUAUGCGUGUCUGCAAUUGGAACACAAAAUAGGAAAUUUUGAACACUGAAAGUAAAUUUCCUUUAUUCCUAAGCUUACAGAGGAGUAUCUUUGUGGGGGAUACAUCAGCUGUUGUUUAGAAAAUGGAGUAAAAUAAUUAUUUCUGUAUCAGAAAUGAAAAAUCAUCCACUAAGCAUUUUCAAUAUAUUUCAGUAUAUUUCAAUAUAUUUUAAAGCAAACUUGUCAUCAUUAUAGUAUCUCGAUAGUGUGGGUGAAAUUCAGACCUGGUGAAAGGGAGAAAAUUCCGUUUAAGAGAACUCGCACCAGACCUGAACUCAGCUCUUUGCUUCUCAGCUUUUAGCAACCAAGUUCUUAAGAGUUCCCAAUCUUCUAUAUCCCCGUUUACUCUAAUGGAUUAUAGAUAACUACCACUGUAUCUGGUGAGGAGCUUAAUUCUGAGAAAUCAUCGACCUCCCAGCGACAGUCUCUCGUUGCUGCUUGCCCUGAACUGUUUUGUCCAUGCUGUGUUUGGGUUUCUUGAGACCAGUGGCCUUGGCAGGGGUUGGAUACAUGUGAGCUUGUGAAGUCCCAUCGUAGUCACUCAGGAUCUACCAGAGAGGAUCAGGAAGGACUGGAGACAAAAGAAACCCUAACUUUUUUAAUAUGUAUAAAAUUGUCUACUUGACCCUCAUAAUUGAUUUUGGCAGAAGGAUAUACUUUAUUAUAACUUAUUUUGUUGUUAUUUGUAAAUACAAGAUGUCUAUGGGAAAUAUGUAAUUCUGAGCUGUGUCUAUGGAACGAGCCACUGCACCAAAAUAUUUCAAAUAUUUAGAAUAGGCAGAUUUUUUAUUAAAAGGGACCUAAUAUGUAUUUAUUUACAUAUACCAUUCAAAUUUUGUCCAGCUCUUUCAUUAUACUAACCCAGCUUUUUAUGGAAUUUUAUAGCACAGGUAUUACAUAUAUAUUUUUGUAUAUAUGUCAUACUGUAAGUCCAUAAUACGAAUUUCUAAACUUUCUGAUUAGCCAGUUCCUUGAGUGAAUUAAAGGGGAGAGUAUAGGCAAAUUGCUUUCUGACUCGUUCAGGAAUAUGUAUCCAUGGCAAUGCACCUGAACCAGAACUGUACAGCAUCCUUUUCAUAUUGUAUACAUUUUCUCUUUGAUGAAAAAAUGUUAACUAUUUUUGUUUAUGACUAAUUUAUUUUUUAUUAUUGUAAAAAAUAAAGUAAUUCAGAUGAA